AUGGCCCCGUUGCUCGUACCUUCGCUAUUCUUGCUGGCCCUGCUGAGGGCCCUGCCUGGCACCCAGGCUGCAUGUCCGGUCCCUGCAGACCUGAGGCCAGCUGAUGGGCCUCGAGUAUGUGCCCGCCUCUAUGACAAGAGUGAUGCCUACUAUGAGAACUGCUGCGCCGGCUCAGAGCUCAGCCUGGAGCCCGGGGCUGACCUGCCCUACCUGCCUUCGGGCUGGUACCAAACCGCCUCCUCCCUGGUGGUGGGUCCCCGCUGCGAACUCACUGUCUGGUCUCGAAAGGGCAAGGGUGGCAAGACCCGAAAGUUCUCCUCCGGAGCUUACCCUCGCCUGGCUGAGUUUCGCCUUGGGAUAUUUGGAGAUUGGAACAACGCCAUCGCGGCUCUCUACUGCAAGUGUAAUUAA